CGCUAUCCGGAAGACAAGACAAAAUACACGUUGCUUUACGCUAUUUCAAAAUGAAUACCUUUUUGUCGCGUUUAAAUACAAUUUUUGCUUUCACUUUGAGUGUGAUGGCUGCUUUAACGUUCGGUUGUUUUCUAUCAACGGCAUUUAAAGAGAACAAGACUGCAGUUGACAUAGGAACUACAAAAGCCGUCGUUAAGAAUGUCCCAAAUUUUGCAGCAUCUACACGAGACAGAAAUGAUCUGGGGCAAAUUGCUUUCGAUCUUCACACAGAAUUAUCUUCUUUAUUCAACUGGAAUACAAAGCAGCUAUUUUUGUACCUCACUGCAGAGUAUGAAACCAAAAGCAAUAAGCUAAAUCAAGUUGUUUUAUGGGAUAAAAUUAUUAGAAGAGGAGAGACCACCAAGCUAGACUUUAAAAGUAUGAACACCAAGUAUUAUUUCUUUGAUGAUGGCAAUGGUCUCAAAGGAAAUCAGAAUGUUACAUUGACGUUAUCAUGGAAUGUCAUCCCCAAUGCUGGAACAUUACCACGGAUACAAGGAGAAGGAAGCUACAUUAUACAAUUCCCAGAUGAAUACAAGCAAUAAAAUAUAUAAUUGAUUUGUAAGAUAUUGUUUCUAAUACAACAUUAAUUAAUCAACACAUUGCCUGCUGAAAGUUCCACCAAAUAUGACAUCAGUGGAUGAUGUGUUAAUCACCAAAAUUAGGCCUUGAAGAAAAUACUUUCCCAUUUGUGAAGCUUUCCUCAGAUUCCUAAUCUAAUUACUGACGGUACUCUAGCAGUAUUUUCCGACAAUUCCUGACUGUCCGUAAGAUAUACAUUAAUGUAGAAUGAAACGAACACUAGGACACAUGUCUCGUUUGAUUUACUUUGUUCAACACUUUGGUGAGGCCACAAUUUGAAUCUUGGAUUGUAAUCUGAAUCCUGAAUCUUAGGCUCAAUUCAAAAUCUGAAUCUUCUACUGGAUUCGGAAUCUGAAAUCGGAAUCUAAAUUCUAAGCUGCAUUCUGAAUCUCGGGCUUCAAUCCAAACCUGAGAGUAAGCUAGUAUCUUACAAGUGCAAGUGUUUAAAUUGUUUUUAAGUGCACAUGAAUGUUGCUGAUAACAUCUUUUCUUCACCUGUUUUUAUUUUGACAUCCAUAACUUGUGUGACUUAGUCAGAUUUUAUUUCUGAACAUAAAGAGCAGUAAUUAUAGUUACGUCUUUAUUUUAUAGAGAUCAUAAACACAAGUUAUUGUAGUCAGUUAAUUUAAUUAAUUUCAUGUUUAAUAUACAACAUUUAUAUGUCUUGUUUUCCUUGUUGUCCCAACGAAAGUAUUAAAGGGUGGUAGUCGGUGCGCUGCCCAUGCGCGAGAUAUGAGCCUCCUAUAAAUAAAGAUGUUGACUGUUGCACUUACCAACUAGUACAAACUGAGAGGUUUGAUUAGGUGUUUGGAAGGCAUCGAAGAAGUCACUGGCUGGACAUGGCGCCCAGAGCAAAACUCUUACUCAUGAUUUCAUUAGAAAAGUGCAUUGGAUUAUGAGAAAAUGUUAAAAUGUUGCACAUGUGUGGCGCAACAACUACCUCCCUUUAAAUGUUAAAUUAUGUAAAC